AUGCUGUCUGACUGCUUCGGCUGGUGCCAGCCCAGCGAGGAAGAGGAGCGGGAGCCUCUGCUGCCCCAGUAUCGCGAUGAGACGGUCCUGCAGCGGGAGCUUCACCAAAAGCUGCACACGUACCAGAUGCUGCGUGCCUUGAGCCAGGGCUUCAUGCCGUCCAACGAGCAGACCAUUGUCAACCUCCGCACGCUUCUCGGCUCUGAACUCUUGAACUCGGACAAUGAGGACCUCAGCGAAUCCGGACGCGCGCUCGUGCACUACACCAAGCAGUGGCUGAGGCAGUUCAUCGAGCUCUUGCAGCACAAGAACUCGGUCGAUCAGAUCCAGGACUUUAUCUGGUACCUGUCCAAGGCGAGGGUGUCGGUAGACAUGGAGGACAUCGCCAACCGCGCAGCCAAAGCAAAGUCCAAGGCCAACGUCGCGGCAGCGUACCGGAGCUUGCAAACUGUCGGAUCCCUCCUCCUCACCAAUUCCGACUUCAGGCUCUUCCUCUCCGACCUUGGUACAGUCGGGCGCGAGGUGUUCAAAGAAACUGCUUUCACUCUUUCAGAGGUGUCGAAGGAGGCCGGGAAACGACUGGAGCCGACACAGGAGGAACAGGCCAAGCUGAAAGAGCCAGGCGCGGAUGCCGAGCCACCGCCUACGAAUGAAGAGCUGGGUCAAGAGGUCGCCGAAGUCACAGAGGUCGUGGCCGAGGGCGCCUCCAAGGUGCUGACGGAUGCGAAGGACAGCCUGGUCGAGAAGCUGACAGGCGACGAAAAGGACACACUGCUCUACCGUCUAAAGCAAUCUGUCACCAAGCUGCGGAAGCGACAGGACUACUCUGACUCUGUGUCUACCCUGUCGCUGCUACUGAAGCGCUAUGCAAUGGUCUAUUCCCACGUCGUCGAGGACACCCUUGAAACGGCCGAAGAAGAUGUCAGCGCCAAUAGAGCAACAGAUCGAGCCAUCCAUAAUUUCUGGGCAUUCCUCAAGUCCUUUGGUGAUGCCAAACAAUGGAAAGAGUUGGAAAAGCGAUUUCAGACAGUCGCCGGGCAUAGCAAAAGCGAUCCCGAGUUUGAUGAGCUGGUUCGUCAGCUCGGCAAUGCAGUUCAGGAACUGCUCACAGACCCCAGUUUCUUCGACCGAGCAGAGGAGCGAUUCCAACAACUUCGAGAACAGUCCAAGGACCUUGCCUCGGGUUCAUCUCUCCGCGAUGAUAUAGAUGCUCUACUCUCCCAGGCCGAAGCUACGUUCAAGUCUGUACUACACGAUAAGGACAUCGCUCAGCUCCUCGCCACUUCAAGCAAGAUUGCAGCGAUCCUGUCCCCGGCCCACCAAUACACCAACACUGACCUCGUGACCGACUCGAUCAACGUGUUUGUGCCGUUCAUCGUCCAGGCGAUCCAGUACCUGCCUAUCCCGCGACUUGAAAUUUCGACACCGGAGAUCGAUCUUCUGCUGGAGAAUCUGAUUCUCGAGCCCGGCAGAACGGUGAAUCACUCCUCCUUCUUGCCUUACAAGCUCAGAGUUGCUACGUACAACGACCUUGAGAUCCGCAAAGCCAAGUUCCGUACUACCUCCAGCAUUCAGUCGCUCGUGGCGAUCCGGGUCGACGGCAUGUCGAUCGCCGCCGAGGAGAUUGGUUUUUGGCUCCGCACGCACUCCGGCCUGCUCCGUUUUGUGGAUGAGGGCAUCGCCGGCUUCCAUCUGGAUGAGAGGGGCAUUGAUAUUCAGAUAGAUAUAGAGGUUGGCAAGGAGAAGCUGGAGAAGAUUCUGACUCUUCGCAAGGUCCACGUCAACAUCCACAAACUGGACUACACCCUGCGCAAGAGCAAGUUUGCGUUCUUCGCGUGGCUCUUCAAGCCGCUGGUGAGGCCGGUCAUCCGUAAGGCGCUCGAGAUGCAGAUCGCGUCGGCGAUCGAGGACGGCCUGCACUUCCUCAACCGCGAGCUCCUCUACGCUCGCGAGCGCCUACGGGCGACCAGGAUCGCCAACCCGGGCGACCUGUACACGUUCGUCCGGGCCGUCGCGGCCAGGCUCGUCCCCGAGCAGGACCCGGACCUCUACACGCGCGUCGGGCUCGCGCAGCCCGGGCAGGGCGUGUUCAAGGGGCGGUACGCGCCCGGCAGCAUCGUCAAGGUGUGGAAUGAGCAGGCGGCGCGGGCGGCGGACCGGAUCCGCGAGUACGAGCAGGACGGGUGGAGGAACGACAUCUUUGACGUGCACACGGUGGCGGCGUGA